UUGAGUAGACCUUUCUCUUUGAAUAUGUUUUAUGAGAUGGGUUAGGUUUAUAAAUUUUUUCAUAAUAUCAUAGCUUAGCACAAGACGAAUGGGGUUCAUGCUACUUAGCCUGUAACAAAGACAAGAAAAAAAAUACUGACUUACUCAUAAGGAAAGGUAUUGAAGAAUAAAUCUCAUAUUAGAAUAAACUUCUCUAUUUAAAUUUGUUUUAUAAAAUGAGUUAGGUUCGUAUAUUUCUUCACGGAGAACAAAAGAUCAAGGAGAUCAGGAAAAGUCAGGAGAAAGGCACCGGUGGCUGGAGGGCCAGAGCAGGGGGUUGUCGCUGUAUUUCUGGGUUUGGGAAUGACCGAAAAACAGAGAAGAAAGCCUGCAACAGAAUUCAAGUCCCAAACUCGAUAAUUCUUAAGAAACAACGAUCUGCAUAGACUCUCUCUCUCUCUCUCUCUCUCUCUCUCUCUCUCUCUCUCUCUCUCUCCCCAACACUUUUCCUUGCCACACUACUUAUCUGAAGUACCCGUGCCAUCCACCGGCCACAAACAUCCCCAAAUAUUCAUUCAUCCCAAAAUCCACGAGAGAGAGUCGAAAAAAGGUCAUGUUGUGAUCUGAAUCACAAGGGCUGUGAUGCAUGUUAGGUUUUCAUUUGGUUCAGGAUGACCGUUGCAUGGAACGUAGGAAAUGCAAGUCCAAGAUAAUUAUUAGUCCCUAGCUAGCUUGUAAAGUCCAAUAUUAUCAGAGAGAAAAAAAAAGAGUCAGACACAUACGUUACUACGUAGCAGAUCAAAGACACAAACCCAAACCAGUACUGGUUCUCUUCUUGAUCAAGGUGUUCCAGAUCAGUUCUCUCUUCCUAGCUUGUUCAUGGAGUUUAAGAGAAGUAGCAGACCGAGGUCCAUAAAAAAGCUACCUCUUUUCUACCGUCUCACCAUCUUCUUCGGCCUCUCAUUUGGCGUACUGUUCAGCAGCAUCUGCUCCGUAUCUACAUCUCAAGCUAGCACAUGUUCUUUGUCUGCUAAGGCUGAUAUGCAUUUUCAGGAACUUGAGAGAAGAGAUCAGGGAGAUCAGGGCAUAUUGGUGUCUCUGGAGGAGGGAGGAAGAUCGGGGUUUUCAAUGAGCAUGGCGAGGAGGCUUUUGGGUGGGCCCGGGUCGUCUCCCCCACAAUGCACUUCAAAGUGCGGCAGGUGCAUGCCCUGCAUGCCGGUCCAUGUGCCCGUGCCACCCGAAAUGCCGGUGACCACUGAGUAUUAUCCCGAAGCUUGGAGGUGCAAAUGUGGCAACAAGCUGUACAUGCCAUGAGUUGAUAUUAUAUGCUUUGUUUUGUUUGCCUGCA